AUGGUUCAGUACAUUCCGCCGACAUCGAAUGUCGUCGCGAGACUGUUCAGCCAAGCGAAGGUGGUGCUCUCCCCGCUACGUCAGUCGAUGUCGUCGGUGCAGCUUGAGCGAGUACUCUUCCUCAAGAUUAAUCGCCGUUUCUGGUCCGUUAAGACCGUGCAAGAAGAUCGUCGCCUUCGAGCGAGCCCAAGCCAAGGCUCGCGUGGUCCGGACAUUUCAGGAAAGAACAGGCGAGAUGCGGCCGAAGCCAACGAUGUCAAUUACUUUACUGCACGGCGGGCUGUCAUAGCCGCCAGACAGGAACCCAAGCAGCACGACGGAGUGAGAGCAACCUCUAUUACGAUGACAGUGGAAGGUAUGAGCAAGCCUAACGAGCUCAUCGACGAGCACUGCCGUAUGACGCUGAGUCAGCUAUGCGAUUGUCUGCACAGCGAUAUCGCUGUGGUCGUCAGCAAAACGCCCGCGCAUCGCGCGCUACAAAGUAUGCUGUACUCGAUAAAGCAGCUUCGCAUCGAAAAGGCCACCAUGAAUCCAAACGCCAACAAGGAGAAGCACAUGGAGCAAUGCUGA